AUGUCGGCACAUUCACAGAUCCUCCUCACCUCAUCAGAGGGUACAGAGUUCAUCAUCGACCGCGACAUUGCUGACAAAAGCAUGCUCCUCAAGUGCAUGCUCGAAGACAUUGGUGAAAUUGGACAAGCGGUGCCGCUGCCAAACGUAUCAGGACCGAUCCUCACAAAAGUCAUCGAAUACUGUACACACCACAGGGACGAUCCCAACUUCCUCAGCGCCAACGACGAUGUCGCUGCCGAUAUUGAUGAGUGGGACCUCGAGUACUGUAAAGUCGAUCAGGGCACCCUCUACGAGCUGAUCCUGGCGGCAAACUAUCUGGACAUUAAACCACUCAUGGAUCUGACAUGCAAAACCGUCGCCAACAUGAUUAAAGCCAAGUCACCGGAGGAGAUCCGAAAAACAUUCAACAUUACCAACGACUUUACGCCCGAUGAAGAGGACCAAGACUGGGUCGACGAGCACUAA